AGCUAACAAAAAUAAAAAAUAAACAAAUUCUAGCCGUAUUAUUGAGUGUGAACCAACAAAUUGAGAAAUUCAACAGUUUCAACUAAAUUUGCAAGCAGACAAUUUGUGUGCCCUUUUGUUGUCGUUGUUAUUCGCCGCCAUUUUCAAGAGCGCUGAUUCUACAAACAUAACAACAACAAAAAAGCAAGCGAUAAAUAAAAAAUUUCGUUCAACACGCAAAUUGAAAGUGCAAUAGAAAAGAAAGAGAAGAUAACGUCAAAUGCGGUUGAAAGUUCAAGUUGAAGCAAGUGUUGAAAAGGAAAAAUAAAUCAAACAUUAAGAUAAAUAAAUCUCUAAGAAAUAUUCACAACUCUUCUUCGUCUAAGAAGAGCUUGAAAAUCGUGCGCGUUUAAAUCAACAUUUUAGCAAUCAUUUUUGUCAACCCUCUCUCCAAAAUUUUUGUGGAGUCUUUCGUGUCCGGUGCAUUCUGUGUUACGUUCUCCGUUAUCAAGUGAGUGCCACACACCAAAAACAAAAGAAAAACCACACACUCGAUCACACACUCACACACCCAACACACACUCAGACACACACAAAACCCAAAAACACAACAGCAACUGCGCCUAGUGCAAGGAUCAUUCCGUGUCCAAUAACUAAAGUCUGCAGUUUAUACUAAAAAAAAAGGCUACGGCCCAAAGUAAACGUCAAGAUUCUAUCGAAAAAAAGUCUAUUCAGCACGACGGAGGCUUCGCUUAACUUCAACACGGCGACCACAAUGCCCUAUAACGGUGCUAGCAACGGUAGUGGUGGUGUAGGUGGAGCAGUCGCAGGAAGCAGUGUUACUGGUGGCGGGGCCACCAUAGUCGUCAGCGAGGGACCCCAGAAUAAAAAGAUACGUACCGGUGUUCAGCCCGGAGAUAACGACGUCACCAUGCAUGCUCGGUCCACACAAAAUCAGAGUCAGCAGCAAGCACUACUGAACAAGUCAAACGACGACCUAAGGAGAAAGCGUCCUGAGACUACACGGCCAAAUCACAUUCUACUCUUCACCAUCAUAAAUCCUUUCUAUCCCAUCACAGUUGAUGUCUUGCAUAAAAUUUGCAAUCCACAUGGACAAGUGCUGCGCAUCGUCAUCUUCAAAAAGAACGGCGUACAGGCUAUGGUUGAAUUUGAUAGCCUCGAUGCGGCCACACGUGCACGCGAGAAUCUCAAUGGUGCCGACAUCUAUGCUGGAUGCUGCACUUUAAAAAUUGAUUUUGCCAAGCCGGAGAAAUUGAAUGUUUAUAAGAAUGAGACAGACACCAGCUGGGAUUAUACCCUGAGCACAGGUGAGAUUCAACCAAUUGCAACAAUACAAACACAACAUCGCAACAACCACCACCACCACCACCACCACAACAACCACCAACAACAACAACACCAACAACAUCAUCACCACCACCACCAACAACACCAUCAACAACAACUUGUUGCCCCAGCUCAAACGCACAAUCUUGUUCCAUUUAAAGAGCCACCACUUUUGGGACCAGGCACCGCCUUCCCACCAUUCGGUGCACCCGAAUACCAUCCCACCCAGCCGGAUAACUGGAAGGGCGCCGCCAUCCAUCCAACUGGCCUCAUGAAGGAGCCAACCGGCGUUGUUGCCGGACGCAAUGCGCCAGUCGCCUUCGCUCAACAAGGACAGGCUCAGGGCGCUGUCAUGAUGGUCUAUGGCAUGGACCAUGACACUUCCAACACAGAUAAGCUCUUCAAUUUGGUCUGCCUGUAUGGCAAUGUUGCCCGGAUCAAGUUCUUGAAGACAAAGGAGGGCACCGCCAUGGUACAAAUGGGCGAUUCGGUUGCCGUUGAACGUUGCGUGCAGCACUUGAAUAACAUUCCCGUUGGCACUGGCGGCAAAAUACAGAUUGCAUUCUCAAAGCAGAACUUCCUAUCGGAGGUGAUUAAUCCAUUCUUGCUGCCGGAUCAUACACCCAGCUUCAAGGAGUACACUGGCUCCAAAAACAAUCGAUUCCUAUCACCGGCACAGGCCAGCAAGAAUCGCAUUCAACCACCGAGCAAAAUCUUGCACUUCUUUAACACACCGCCCGGUCUGACCGAGGACCAGCUUAUUGGUAUAUUUAACAUUAAGGAAGUGCCAGCCACAUCUGUGCGUCUCUUCCCCUUGAAGACAGAGCGCUCGUCUUCGGGUCUGAUCGAGUUCCCCAACAUUUCGCAGGCCGUGCUCGCCAUCAUGAAGUGCAACCAUCUGCCUAUUGAGGGUAAAGGCACCAAAUUCCCAUUCAUCAUGAAGCUGUGCUUCUCCUCUUCGAAGAGCAUGAACGGCGCCUGGAACAAUGCGGCCAAUGAGGGCAUGAUCGAGAAGGAGAAUGACGGCGAUGUCAAGGUGGAGAUUUACAAUUGAGAUUUGAUUACCAUUGUGUAAGCAGCCAACAACCAGCUGAACAACACAACAAACAACUACACAACAACAACAGCAGACAACAAAUAACAAAUAUACAAAUCAUACAGAACUGGAGGAGCUGAAUUUAUGUGGAGCAUAUUGGAUCGCGAUGAGAAGAGAGGCAGACGUACACAACAACAACAAAGCAUAUUAAAUAUUUCAAACACAAACAAAUUAAAUUCAAAUAUUGAUGGAACGAACAUACUGAGUGUAGUCAAGAAUAACAAGAAAACUGAUUACAUAUAUAAAUAAUAAAAUUAAAUUAUUGACACACACACACACAAGCACACCUAAUCCCAACACACUAACAAAUUAAUAACUAAACUUUAACUAAAAGAAAAUUAAUGGAUAAAAAACACAACACGCAAACGCAUGUAACUUUUAAACGCGCCAUUUACUUGUAUUUAAAAAAAAUCGAAUCACAAUUGAAACAUAAUCCCUACACAUUCAUGUACAAAAUGGCGGCGUUCAAAAGCUACACACACGCUCACACACAGCCACAUACACACACAUACACACACACACACACCCGAACUCACAUCGCACACAAUUAAACUGAAACACUUUUACAUGCGUUUGCGUCACAAGAAAAAACAUACAAGAAAUGUUAUUGAAAUUGUGUGGAAGAAUAGCAAAAAAAAUUAGGUUAAAAAAUUGUUUAGUUGCAUUCAAAAACAAAACAAAACAACAAAACAGAAGAAAACAAAACAAACACCAAAACAUUGACAAACGAAAAUGUUUAGUUUUUUUUUGCUUUGAGUUUGUAAAGUUUCUCGUGUGUGUGUUGCACUUGAUGAAAUUAUAGCAAAACAACAAAUUGUAAACAAUGUAAUAUGCAAUUUAUAUAUUAUAAUAAAAACAUAUAUUAAACACACACAAAAAACGCAAAAGCAAAAAUUAAAAACAAGAAAUCAACUGACUUUCAACUACAUAUAUAUACAUAUAUAUUUUAGUUAAUUAUAUAUCAUUUAGACUUAUGUACGAUAUGGGAUGAAAACAAAACAAAAAAAAACACAAAUGCAACAACAAAAUUUCUUUGGACAAUAUUUCGACAAGUAUUCACGUGUGAGACAAAAAUCUGAUGCUAAAAACAAAAUAUUUAUUGAAUCAAAAAUAUUUAAAAAAAAAAAAGAGGAAAAUAAUGCGAGAGCGCAAAACGUGUAAAAUUAAACCAAAAAUUUAGCAAUUUUAAAUCAAAUUUAUUAACUUUAGUUUAUGCAAAUUUCAGCAAAUUUCUAAAACUAAAAAAAGAAAAAAGGAAAAACUUGCACAAGCCAAUGUUUCUUUUUAUUAUGAUUUUUUCUUUAAAUUAAAUAUUAACAAAAACAAAACGACAAAAAGACAAGAACAUUAACAUUAAUUUAUGUGCUUAAUUUACAAAGGUUGAAAAAGGCAUAAAUUUAUAUGUAUGAGCUGUAUAUGUAUUUAAAUUUAUAUUAAUUAUAAUUUUACACUAAAUGUAAAAAGCGACAACAAAACUAAAACAAACUAAAAUUAUAAUAACUAAAACAAUUAAUGCAUAAAAAGCAUAUUAAAUUAUAAAUUACAAUUAAGUGCAGAGCGAAAUUGAGACAGGCAGAAACAUACAUAAAACUUAAAAGAGAAAAAAUAAAUAAUACAAAUAUUUUUGAGGCGUUUUAAGCUUAGAAGACAAGAGAGCCAAACAUUUCAAAACUCCAAAUAAUUUUGGCGUGACGCAUAAAAAACUAUAAAUAAAAAUAAAUUAAAAAAAAAACAAAUAUCAGCAAUAAAAGCAACAGUAACAACCAUAUCAAAGGCGUAUGUUAGAUUAAAUGAAUAAUAACAAAAAAAAAUAUAAUAAACAAAUAAAUUACAUUUAAUUUCAUUUAAUUUUAAAGCAACUGCAGCUAGUUAUAAAAUGAAUUUUUUAUUAUUUUUAGAGUCUGUAUAUUAGGCAGGGCGAAGUUCUAUAUGACACCUUUGUUCUUAAAUGCAAAUCAACGAAUACUAUAUGCUAUAUAGAGCCGUUAAACGAAUUUUUCAUACACACA